AUGCCAUCCCCAGACAACCCUAACCCCACCCUCCCCUCCCCACCCUUCUACACCCACAUCCCCAACAUCAACAACCUACGCCUAGCCACCCACUCCCUCACCACCACCUCCGGCGCCACCCUGCGCCCCGGUAUCCUCUUCCGCAGCGCCGAAGUGGCGAAGCUCGACACCGCCGGCUGGACCGCCGUCCGCGACAUCGGCGUAGCCCACGUCUUCGACCUCCGCAGCUUACCCGAAGUAGAAAAGGGCUGGGCUGGUAUUGUUGGAGAUGAUGCAUCCGGCAAGCAAGAUUUCAGACCAGGCUGGAUCCAAGCCAUGGAGGAAGCAGGUGUGAAACGCACGUGGACACCCGUGUUCUCAGAUGAAGACUAUAGUCCUGAGAGGUUGGCGGAGCGGUAUGCGAAUUACAUGGAUGAGGAUGUUAAGGGGUUUGUCGAGGCUUACGCUAGUAUUUUGGGGGAUGGAGGGAAGGCAUAUGGUACUAUCUUCCGGUAUCUGGCCAGCCUGAGUAGUGAUGGCGAGGGGAAAGAAGGACAGAAACUCGGCGCACUAAUCCACUGCACAGCCGGCAAAGACCGAACAGGAAUCUUCUUCGGCCUCCUCUUCGAUUUCCUCGGCGUACCGCGCGAGCAGAUCGCCGAGGAAUACCAACUCACCGAACUCGGCCUCCGCCCAGCGCGGGACGAGAUUGUGGAGCGCUUGUUGACGAGUCCCGGGUUUAGGAAGUACAUGCUUGCGCAAUCAAUCGGAAGACCUUUAUCGAAAGAAGAGAUGGCACAGCUCAUCCAAGGACGGGAUAGCGAGGGUUCUGAUACGUCGGACUUUCCGCCUGAGAUUCUGGAGAAGGGCAGGCAAGCUGCGUUGCGCAUGGUGGGGUCGAGGAAGGAGAGUAUGCUGGCGAGUUUGGAGAUGCUAGAUGAGCGGUUUGGGGGCGCGGAACGGUAUAUGAGGGAGUACUGUGGGCUUGGGGAUGGGGAGUUGGAGGCGCUGAGGAGGAAUUUGGUGGUUGGGAAGGGGGAGUGA